UUUGUGCGCUAGGACCGCCGCUGAUGCGAUUAACGGCACAGACGGGCGGCGAGCCUAGACCCAGCACGUUGCAGAGGGCCGUGCAUGCCCACCUGACAAGCACGACAGCCUGGGGAUAUAUUCGGCUCACAUGGGGCGAGGGGCGGAACCAGAGGAUGUGACGUCCAGCUCGGAGAGGAGAUUGUACCAUAUCCCGUAAACGUUGCUCGUUAACGUUGAUGUUUGGUGGGGAUUACUGCAAGCAGCGGGAUGGCCGAAUGAGCGCAUACAGUGGGCUAAAGUGAACAGAAAGCGGAACAGCAGCAUUUAAGAGUCACAACACGGGGGCAAAGCACGCCUACAAUGGAUAUAACCUUUGUAUUAUUUGCUAUUAUUUCUACGCUUCUUGCCAUUGUGGUCGCAACAUCGCUUUUUAACGGCUCUUCGCGUGCAGCAGACUUUGCAAAUGCGCGGAGUUAUUUCGGACACAGAGAUGGUGUGGCCGGAGGAUUAAAUCAAUCCGGGCCGAAACAGAAUGGCCAUGUAUCCGAUAAGAAGAAGAAGAAGGAGGCGGACGACUGGUGCGAAAUCAGCGGGAGCUCACACGAUCACUGGGAUGUAGUGAAAUCUGUGCUUUCUGAGGAAGCACACUCCCACCCUCAAUCUGAAGAACUGGAAACCCUGGCUGAUUGGUCCAGGCCUGGAUCUAGGAAUACAAUCUUAGAGGUAGAGUCAUCAUCCAAUGCUUCAUCAGGGACAGGCCGAAGGUCGCUCAUUGGGCUUUCUGAUACAGAGCUCCUAAAGUGUGCUUUUUCUUACCCCCAAACUGAAGGAGCAUCAGAGAGAGCAGGGAUGAAUGAAAAGGUGGAAUCAAAUGCAAAUAAUUCCUUGAAGUACGUCCCAGGAAAGGCACGAUCCCACCACUUGGAAAAGAUGAUGACCAAAGAGGAGCUGGAGGAUGAGCAGAGGAUAUACUUCACCACAAACUUUAACUGUCUGUAAUCCCGAGAAAGGAGUAAACUGGGGUGCAGCAUGAGCAACUGGCUGCAAUCUUCCAGCUCCUGAAAGAAAACAAGGAGACUUUUGGGGAGGUGUCAGAGGGAGACAUAGAGGAGCAGCUCAGACUGUACUCCAUCUGAGACCCCUGUCAUGUCAUAGAUGCUCACUACGACCUUUUAUUCAUAAAAACUACUAAAAAAAACUUCUCCAGUACACCAAAUGAACUUUUUUUUGCAGUAUUCAACAUGGCUGGAGAGUGCUCUCCCAAUUUUCUGAUUUAUUGUGUUUUACUGCUUUGUUUUUGUUGUUCUGACCACCUAUCAUCCACAUGAAGGGAAAACCAAACUAGACUGGAUCAAUUCUCACACUGAGCAGGUUAAUAUAUGAAUGAACCUGAAAGAAAUUAAAGGAACGCUGUUUAUUUUAGUUUUAAAAUAUAUUGCAGAUAUAACUGAUAUAAACUCUGAGUUAUGUUUGUUUUUGAAGUUGGUUGUGUAAUAAAACACAUUGCUGCUAAUAUCUGUGUGGGUGGCUUUGUGUGUCUGAAUACAUUUGACUGCUUAUCUGUCUGCAAACUGUGCUGUAGCCCAGCCCAGUCACAUCAGUGAGAACGUGUCAGAUUUAGAAGGAAGUGCAUACAUGUGUGUUUAAUUAAACAGCAAGCCUUCACUUGACAGCAAUGGCAUCCCAGACCUCCAGGAUAUUUUUAUUGCUCCUUGUAAUGACAGUUAGUUUUGUGGUUUUCAUUCUAUCCCAGGAAUCUUUAUCAAAAAGUUGGACAAUUUUCUCUGGAAAACAUGAACUCGGAUGGGAAAACUUUUCGUUUGAUAUUAACCUCUGGGGACAGAAAGAAAAAACAGCUGUGGCUGAGACUCCAAUACCUCUCCUCUACAGAGGAAAUUUCACAAAGGCUCCUCAGUGGGAUUUUGAUGAUGUCUAUAACCAGGAUGCCCCACCUAGACCAACAACAUGUGCCCAAUCACUGCGAAACUCCCAGGAUGAGAACUUCAAGAAGGCUUUUCUUCCCAACAUACGUUUGUUUCUGCACAAGGACAACAUUAACAUGAGCGAGUGGAAUCGACUUUCACAUUUUAACAAUCCUUUUGGGUUCAUGCAGUUCAAAUAUGAUGAAGUGAUGGCUUCAGUGAAGCUGAUUCCAAAGCCAAAAGAGCCACUGCUCCUCCCAAAACCAGGUGGUGAUGGCUGUAUUCACUGUGCUGUGGUGGGUACUGCAGGAAUUCUGAACGGCUCAAAAGUGGGUGCAGAGAUCGAUGCUCAUGAUUACGUUUUUCGGAUGAACGGUGCCGUUACCAAAGGUUUUGAGGAAGAUGUAGGAAAUAGAACAUCAGUGUACGUUCACACAGAGCACUCCAUCACCGCAUCACGUUAUAUUUUUGGGAAGUAUGGAUACAAAUCUGCCCCUCAUGAUGAGGGAAUAAAAUAUGUGCUGAUUCCUGAGGCAAUGAGAGAUUUCCAAUGGCUCGAGGGUCUUUUCAAAGGACACGAGGGCUCUAGUGGCCCACACCACAAGAAAUGGCCAGGGACCUACUAUUCAGGGCAGUACAAUGAGAGCCGAUUCUACGUUCUACACCAGGACUUCCUCCGAUACGUGAAGAACAGGUUCCUAAAGUCACCUAAUCUGAAUAAAAGAUUCUGGGCAAUAGUCAGACCAACCAAUGGAGCAUUCACUCUCUUCCUGGCUUUGCAUACUUGUGACACAGUGGAUGCAUAUGGAUUCAUGACUGAUGACUACAUGAAAUACUCCAACUACUAUGUUCAGAAGUACAUUAAAACGAAAGUAAUUUUCUAUGGCAACCAUGACUACAAUUUGGAGAAGAAUACAUGGAAAGACCUUCACAACAGAAAAAUAAUAAAGCUGUAUCAAAGAACGGAGCCAGAAUCAGGGACUGAAAAGCCAAAGUAA